AUGGCCGAAGUCGAAAUUCCCGCCAUAGCAGAGGCUGCUCGAGCGCCUGAAAGAACGAUAAAUUAUAAAACUCCAGAAUCUCGUGCCGUAUGGAGAUUCCGAAAGACAUGCAAUAGGUUUGUGGUGCCGGCUGCAGGAUCAGCGAGACAUAUCGAUGACAGAUGUAUAGUUGUUGCUGAAGGCCCAGCAGUAGUUUUUGAUGCCAGUGAUGCAGUAGCUAUCACCGGAUCCAGUGGUGUCAUGUGA